AGCCAGCUAGCUCAAGCAGGGAGAGCAGUGAGUAGUAUCAAGUAUGCGUCAGGGUUGAUACGACGAGGUAGAGGCGUCGUCUCAUCGCUUCAGCAUUAUCGUCGUGCGUCGUUCUCGGAAAUACUCGCUGCCUAAGAAAAUUGCAAACUUUUUGCAAGUGAUAAGUGAUGUCGACUGGCUGUUUGGUGUUAUCAGUUGAAUGCUGUUGGUAAUAACAGAAUUCAAAGGUGCUGAGUGCUUAUAGUUUGCAUUCUGGGUUCGGAAGUUCAAGGUGGUCUGUUGGACGAAAGUGUGAGGCGUAUAGCGUUUAGUGUGCUUGUUCUGAAAGUGCCUCAUGUUGGCCAUAUUUGAGGGUUGAUACUCGGUGAGGUCGUCACGGAUGCGUUUGUGUGUGUAUGCGUGAGGUUUAAGGUAAACCAUCUUGUGCUGUCGAGGACUAUACGACCGACUGUAAAUACAGAACCUGCGGGUACCAGAAACGGAUCAACCAUGCUUACUAACCAGCAGAUACUUUCGUGGUUACUACUUAGUGGAUUGGUAAUCGUUUGCUGUUCAGCUGGCACCAGCAGUUCAGGUUCUCGAUCCGGAGGGCUCUACAACUAUGGAACUCUGCUAAGUGGACCGGGAAGUUCCUCGAAAAUAUCUCCCAACCGCUUCUACAUGCCACCUGGCAUCGGCAAUCCGGAAGAUCGGUAUCGCUCAACAACUCCCAGCCAACAGGAAACCUCAACCCCGAAACCUAAACGUAUAUCGGCAUGGGGUAUCAUAUCCAUAGUGAUGUUUGUGAUAAUGAUCGGUGCGGGUGCUUACUGGGGAUCCAUAUGCUAUCCAUUACUGUGCAAGAAAGAACGCAACUACAACAUGAUGAACAUGUCCUCGGCCACAACGGCCACACCAACCCGAUCCACAGAGUUCGAAAAAUUGGAAAACUUCUGCUCCAAGUCCACCACAUCGAGUCGAAGCAACGACACUGGUAUCAGUAACAUCUAGGGCCCAAAAAAACACGUCCCAUCAUUACUAGCUUCCUGAUAAGCACCAAUCAACUAAUUACCUUUCUCAUCUGAUUCUACUUAUAAGAGACAUCAAAACCUUUUUUUUUACACCUCCUUAUCGAAACCAAUCUUUCCAAUCAUCUUGCCAUACGAAUUUCCGACAUCAUCUAGGAGUAAGCUUAGGGAACAUUUCGACUAAACAAACAAAAAAAGAUAAGCGAAACAAAUUGUGACGAAACCUAGCCUUAAGAAGUAAAAGUAAAAAACAACCUCGAAUAUAAUGUUAACGAAGAGGAGACUGAGUAAAACGCGAUAGUUUUUACGGUUUAUAGGUUAUCGAGAAAAAGACAAAUAAAUUUUUAGAGAACAAUUUACAAAAUCAAAACGAAAAAAGGUUCCA